GAAAAAAAAAAGAGCUCAACCAACCAAGGUUUGUUGGCGAAGAUUGGUUUGCUCAACGAACGCUUCAUCGGCAUUAUUUCCCGGCCACAAGCUUUCUCUCUCCUCUCUCUCUUUCUCUCUCUGCAAUUUUCUCAAUUCCUCCUCCAUACUCUCUCUCUUUCCCUCUGAUUCCAAGAUGCGCAAUUGACGAACAGGAACAGCAGGAGGAGGAACUCGACAAAACACGGAGUCGAAGUAGAGGCUUGUUUCUUUGUCCUCAGGUUCACGAUCUGAGGCGUUUUCUUUUCUUUUCUUUAUUGGGUUCUCAACAAUGAGCGCUUCAAGGUUCAUCAAGUGCGUCACCGUUGGCGAUGGAGCUGUGGGCAAGACUUGUCUCCUUAUCUCCUAUACCAGCAACACCUUCCCUACUGAUUAUGUCCCUACAGUUUUCGACAAUUUCAGUGCAAAUGUGGUUGUGAAUGGGAGCACUGUUAACUUAGGGUUAUGGGAUACAGCUGGACAGGAGGAUUAUAACCGACUAAGGCCUUUGAGUUAUCGUGGGGCAGAUGUUUUUAUAUUGGCAUUCUCUCUCAUUAGCAAGGCCAGCUAUGAAAAUGUUUCUAAAAAGUGGAUUCCAGAGUUGAAGCAUUAUGCACCAGGGGUACCUAUUGUUCUGGUUGGAACUAAGCUUGAUCUUCGAGAUGAUCAGCAGUUCUUCAUUGACCAUCCUGGUGCAGUGCCCAUCUCAACAGUUCAGGGAGAGGAGCUUAGGAAGCUGAUCGGAGCUCCGGCAUACAUCGAGUGCAGUUCAAAAACUCAGCAGAAUGUGAAGGGAGUUUUUGAUCAAGCAAUUAGGGUUGUACUUCAACCUCCAAAGCAGAAGAAAAAGAAGAGCAAAGCUCAGAAAGCGUGCUCGAUAUUAUGAGCAAAACUUCUAGUUGUGAAAACAUGACAACCACCCUUUGGUCUUGCCUGUAUUCUCUCUCUCAGCCUUUUUCUUUCUUUCCUUUUGAUUCUGUAGUGGCCUCUAAAAGUCUGAUUUAUUUUUUUGUCCUGCAAAUACUCGCAAUCUCUGUGAAGCAUCAUAUCUCAUCUGGUAGUUUGUUACUGCUUUCCUGGAAAUCAUGCAAGACGACAUGUUCCUCGCCUGUAUUAAUAGAGAGAUUUGGAUAUUGGAACGCGUCAACAAUUACGAUUAGGAAGAGAUUUGUUUUUGAAAGGGCACUAAGAGUUGCAUUAUGAUGUGCUUGAAAAGAAGUGUAUGUAUGGAGGGAAGAAGAAGGGGAAGGAUUUGUAAUGCAAGUGAAGUGUGUGCUUCAAAGAGAGACACUGGUGGAUUCUUUUAUUUAUAAAUUUGCAUUCUGACUUGACUAGUAGUUAUGUUUUGUAGCUUAGAGAAUAAAAUUGUUCUUUUUUGGAGUUGUUU